CUCAACUGAAUAGAAAAAAAAAAAAAAAUCUCGCCGGUUAAAUAUAACCUUCGCCGCCGAUUUGCUAGUCUUCCUCCCUCUCUCUCAAAACUCGAUCAAACAACUAUUCCCAGUGAGCGUCUUCGAUUCUUCUCUUACCCCAUUAUUGCUUCGAAGUUGAUAAAGUUGAAGCCUUUGUUUGAUGGAGAGCAAAGGAAGAAUCCAUCCAUCUCAACAUCAUCAUAUGAGGCGUCCUCUUCCAGGUCCCGGCGGUAUUGUGCAUCCGGAGACUUAUGGUGGUCACGGUGCUAUACCGCCUUCUGUUGCUCAGGGUGCGUUUCCUUCUUUCAACAUGUUGCCUCCACCUGAAGUUAUGGAGCAAAAAUUUGUGGCACAACGUGGGGAAUUGCAGAGGCUUGCUAUAGAGAAUCAGAGACUUGGUGCAUCUCAUGGUAGUUUAAGACAAGAGCUAGUGGCAGCGCAGCACGAAUUGCAGAUGUUGCACGGGCAAAUUGGGUCGAUGAAGUCAGAGAGAGAGCAACGGAUGAGGGGUCUCGCUGAGAAAGUUGCGAAAAUGGAGACUGAGCUUCAGAAGUCUGAGGCUGUGAAGUUGGAUUUGCAACAAGCACGUACUGAGGCACGUAGUCUGGUCCUGGCGAGGGAUGAACUUAUGUCCAAAGUGCAUCAGUUGACUCAGGAACUUCAGAAAGCUAGUUCAGAUGUGCAACAAAUACCAGCUUUGAUGUCUGAACUUGAGAGUUUGAGACAGGAGUAUCAGCAGUGCAGGGCAACUUAUGAUUAUGAGAAGAAGUUCUAUAAUGACCAUCUCGAGUCACUUCAGGCAAUGGAGAAGAACUACAUGACUAUGGCUAGGGAAGUAGAAAAACUUCAAGCACAGUUGAUGAAUAGUGGAAAUUCAGAUAGAAGAGCGGGUGUCCCUUAUGGUAGCAACAUUAAUGCUGAAAUUGACGCUUCUGGGCAUCAGAACAGUUAUUAUGAUGAAGCUUUUGGUCCUCAGGGAUACAUUCCUCAACCAGUUGCUGGUAACGCAACUGGACCAAAUCCAGUUGUUGCUGCACCUCAAUACCCUUAUCCAGGAGUAACUCAGCCAGGGUACUUCCCUCCAAGACCCGGUUACAACUUCCCAAGAGGCCCUCCUGGACCUGGUUCAUAUGACCCAACAACUAGGUUACCCUCAGGACCUUACGGCGCUCCAUUCCCUCCUGGACCAUCCAACAAUGCUCCUUACGGGUCAGCUGCACCAGCCGGUCCACGUGGAAACCCUAGUCGCAGAUGAGGCCACCAGUAUAUAAUAAUAACUCACCAGCUACAUUCCUGUAACUGUGGGAUUGUUCCCGGUCUGGAUAAUGUAUGGGUAAAGAGAAGUUGGUACAGUGGUGAACUUUGAGUGCUACAAGUUUUGGUGACCGACGUUUCAUUGUGAUACAAGAGAUGUAAAGCGAGAAAGAAGAAACAAUAAAAAGAAAUUUGUUGUUCGUUCUUUCACCAAUUUACCAAUUUUUUUUGCCAGUAUAUGUUUUGGUCAGUUAACGAGUUUACAAAUGAAUCGAAAGGUACAAAUUUUCUUGUAAA